AUGCAAGGCAGAAAAGACGCCAAACAAGCUGUCAUUGAAAGCUCCAAGAUUAGCAACAGCUUUGAAUCCAAAUUAAGGGAGGUUGAAGAAAAUGAAGUGUUGAAAAUCUUCAUGAUGGAUUACGUAUGGCCUGCUGGGCCCCAAAUACGGGGAAAGGUUGUAGCCAAGGCCAGACUCAUGAUCAAUGGUGCAUAUGGUAUCCCAGGGGAUAUAUCUCCUGAAAAAAUCAAACUUGCUGUUCGGUGGUUGAUUAAUACAUGCACAUUUACUGAUGGGGACCUUGAUAUCAAAGUUGAGUGUGCUCUUAGAGCCUAUAAUAGUGGUGGUAAGGCGUACAAGAUUUUUCUGAGAAUAUAUUCAAAGCUAGCCAAUCUUCAAUAUCUUAAUCAAAAACCUCAAGACAAAGAUUAUGGGAUUGACUUUGAUGCUUUAGAGGAACCUAUGGUAUCAUAA